GCCACUUUGAACGUCGAACUUUGUGUCAGCGCCUUGUCUGCUGACGACUUGUGGCAGGAUGUCAGCGCAACGGACGAGCAAGAUCAAGGCGGACGACGACUUGCCCGCGCCAGGAUCAAAGUCGGAGCACAGUCCCAAGAGAGGGACACGUCAAGGCCGACUGAUCACUCAACGCAGCUUGCUCGCCGCGGUCGGCUGUCUUGUCGCCCUGCUAUUCCUCACGUUUGCGUUAGGGGUCUAUCCCUUUGAUCUCAAGCACGAGUUCCAUCCGAUCCACCGCAGUCGACCCCAUUUCAAGAAAGUACCCAGGUAUAGCAAGGAACAUCGAUUCAGACCGGCCGCAUCGCCCGUCAUCACGCAGAAAGCCAGCUUCGGGCGCGUCAAGCUACACGGUGAAUAUGUCACCAAGAAGAGCCGCUGGUCUUAGGCUUGCACGGUCCACGGCGCUCGUUUCUGCACGCCACCCACAUCGCUACACACUGUAUGAUUGCACUGUUGGUACACUACAAAACGCAUCAUUACCUCUCGUGUCGCUUCUUGCCAAGUCCCGGCUUUUGCGUGCUCUUCGAAGCACAGUCUUCCUUGCAACGUGACACCAGCUUACUGUGCUCAUCGGCUGAUGCUGUCAGAGCUUCGGCAACGCUUCAGGCCGCUUUGGUCGCCUCUUUCUGAGCAGCUUUCUUUCGACCCGUCCGGACGAGGACGAGCCCAACGAAGGCACCCGCUCCACUGAGGCCGACAAUGAGCAACACGAGCGGUAUCCUGAUAGCCCAGACGCGU